AAACUUGUCAAAUAAAUAUUUCGUGUGAAACGCAAUUAUUGUGUUGUGAAUUUGGUCUUGUUUUAUUUUUACAUUGUAAGCUGUAUAAUUUCGUUAAUUACUACUAAGGACUAAAAUAAUAUCAAUAUGCAGAUUUUCGUCAAAACACUGACUGGUAAAACUAUAACUUUGGAGGUAGAACCUUCGGACACCAUCGAAAAUGUAAAAGCUAAGAUCCAAGACAAAGAAGGUAUUCCCCCAGAUCAGCAGCGUCUGAUCUUCGCUGGUAAGCAACUUGAGGAUGGCCGCACCCUAUCCGACUACAAUAUUCAAAAAGAAUCCACCCUGCAUCUGGUGCUCCGUCUGCGUGGUGGUAUGCAGAUUUUCGUCAAGACUCUCACAGGCAAAACCAUCACCCUCGAGGUUGAGCCAUCUGACACUAUUGAAAAUGUGAAGGCUAAGAUCCAAGACAAAGAGGGAAUCCCCCCAGACCAGCAGCGACUCAUCUUUGCUGGUAAGCAGCUUGAGGAUGGCCGCACCCUAUCCGACUACAAUAUUCAAAAAGAAUCUACCCUUCAUCUGGUAUUGCGUCUACGUGGUGGCAUGCAGAUCUUUGUGAAAACCCUCACAGGCAAGACCAUCACCCUAGAGGUUGAGCCUUCUGACACUAUCGAAAAUGUAAAGGCCAAGAUCCAGGACAAAGAGGGAAUCCCCCCAGACCAGCAGCGUCUCAUCUUCGCUGGCAAGCAGCUCGAGGAUGGCCGCACCUUGUCCGAUUACAAUAUCCAGAAAGAGUCCACUCUCCAUCUGGUACUCCGUCUGCGCGGUGGUAUGCAGAUCUUUGUGAAAACCCUCACAGGCAAGACCAUCACCCUCGAGGUUGAGCCAUCCGACACUAUUGAAAAUGUUAAGGCCAAGAUUCAAGACAAGGAGGGAAUCCCCCCAGACCAGCAACGACUCAUCUUCGCCGGCAAGCAGUUGGAAGAUGGCCGCACCUUGUCAGACUACAAUAUCCAGAAAGAGUCCACCCUCCAUCUGGUAUUGCGUCUGCGCGGUGGUAUGCAGAUCUUCGUGAAAACCCUCACUGGCAAGACCAUCACCCUCGAGGUUGAGCCAUCCGACACUAUUGAAAAUGUUAAGGCCAAGAUUCAAGACAAGGAGGGAAUCCCCCCAGACCAGCAACGACUCAUCUUCGCCGGCAAGCAGCUUGAGGAUGGCCGCACCUUGUCCGAUUACAAUAUCCAGAAAGAGUCCACCUUGCAUUUAGUACUCCGUCUGCGUGGUGGAAUGCAGAUCUUCGUGAAAACCCUCACAGGCAAAACCAUCACCCUCGAGGUUGAACCAUCUGACACCAUUGAGAAUGUGAAGGCCAAGAUCCAGGACAAAGAGGGAAUCCCUCCAGACCAGCAGCGUCUUAUCUUCGCCGGCAAGCAGUUGGAAGACGGCCGCACCUUAUCCGAUUACAACAUCCAGAAAGAGUCCACCUUACAUUUAGUACUCCGUCUGCGUGGUGGCAUGCAGAUCUUUGUCAAAACUCUUACAGGCAAGACUAUCACCCUUGAGGUUGAGCCCUCUGACACUAUUGAAAAUGUGAAGGCCAAGAUUCAAGACAAGGAGGGUAUCCCCCCAGAUCAGCAGCGACUUAUCUUUGCCGGCAAGCAGCUCGAGGAUGGCCGCACCCUUUCUGACUACAACAUCCAGAAAGAGUCCACCCUUCACCUUGUACUGCGUCUUCGUGGUGGCAUGCAGAUUUUCGUCAAGACUCUCACAGGCAAAACCAUCACUCUGGAGGUUGAGGCCUCUGACACUAUCGAAAAUGUGAAGGCCAAGAUCCAAGACAAGGAGGGAAUCCCGCCAGACCAGCAGCGACUCAUCUUUGCCGGCAAGCAGCUCGAGGAUGGCCGCACCUUGUCCGAUUACAACAUCCAGAAAGAGUCCACCUUGCAUUUAGUACUCCGUUUGCGCGGCGGUAUGCAGAUCUUCGUGAAAACCCUCACAGGCAAGACCAUCACCCUCGAGGUUGAGCCAUCUGACACUAUUGAAAAUGUGAAGGCCAAGAUCCAAGACAAGGAGGGAAUCCCGCCAGACCAGCAGCGUCUGAUCUUCGCUGGCAAGCAGCUUGAGGAUGGCCGCACCCUCUCUGACUAUAACAUCCAGAAAGAGUCCACCCUACAUCUGGUGUUGCGUCUGCGCGGUGGCAUGCAAAUCUUCGUGAAAACCCUCACAGGCAAGACCAUCACCCUUGAGGUUGAGCCAUCUGACACCAUUGAAAAUGUGAAGGCUAAGAUCCAGGACAAGGAGGGAAUCCCUCCAGACCAGCAGCGACUUAUCUUCGCCGGUAAGCAGUUAGAAGAUGGCCGCACCCUUUCUGACUACAACAUCCAGAAAGAGUCCACCCUUCAUCUGGUGCUCCGUCUGCGCGGUGGCAUGCAGAUUUUCGUCAAGACUCUCACAGGCAAAACCAUCACCCUUGAGGUUGAGCCCUCUGACACUAUCGAAAAUGUGAAGGCCAAGAUCCAAGACAAGGAGGGAAUCCCCCCAGACCAGCAGCGACUUAUCUUCGCCGGCAAGCAGUUGGAAGAUGGCCGCACCCUCUCCGACUAUAACAUCCAGAAAGAGUCCACCCUCCACCUUGUAUUGCGUCUGCGUGGUGGCAAUUAAAUUACGCCAAUAACAAUUUCUUCAGUAUUACUGUAUUUCUGUCUACUUUUCUGUGUUAUCUGACUUCUCAAUGUAAUCAUUCCAUUUAAAUUGCAACCAAUAAAUGAAACUUGAUUAGAAGCUUGAA